AUGACUUUAAAAUAUUUCAUGCAUUAUUUAGAUACCGAAGGGCAGAAAGAAGAUAGUCCAUUAUAUAUUUUCGAUUCAUCUUUUGGAAGACGAAAAAAAUCGAAAACCGGCGCCGAAAGUCGAAAAACGAAUUCAAAGAAGAGGGAAUGUUUGUUGAAAGAUUACAAGAUUCCUCCUUACUUUGUCGAUGACCUUUUUCAUCUUACCGGUGACAGACGUAGACCUCCAUAUCGUUGGUUCCUGAUUGGCGGAGAGAGAAGCGGAACUGGGAUACAUGUUGACCCGCUUGGUACUUCUGCGUGGAAUACUCUGUUGGUUGGCCACAAGCGUUGGUGUAUGUUCCCGCCGACCGCUCCUCGUAAACUGAUUGAUCCACCGAUGAGGCAUAAAGAUCACGAGGCCGUGACAUGGUUUACACACGUUUUUCCUAGACUGGUCAAUAGCGUUGAUGGAGGAAAAAGCUUGGCAGAAGAAUAUGGCAUGCUGGAAGUACUGCAGAAACCAGGGGAGACCAUUUUCGUGCCCGGCGGGUGGCACCACGUUGUCAUGAAUCUGGUUCCCGCGUUUCAGGAAAGUAGCUCCAGUAGUAGUAGCAGCAGCACGAGUAGUUCCAGCGAAAGUAGUUCUACGGACGAUGGAGACACAGAAUCCAAGAGAAAGGCAAGGCGGCAAGAACGAGAAAGACAAAUGUUGGAACAGCAAAGGGAAUGGGAAAGACAAGGACGCGAGGAAAAAAUAAUGGGGCGGCAAGGAUUUCGGGGGAGAAGGGACGACGAGGAAAGUGAUGGUGAGAACAAUGGCAUGCGUAAAGAAGAGAAGGUUGAGAACAGUAGCGGACCUUAUGGUGAAUCA